UGGAUAAAUUUAUCAUAUUUUUAUAUUUCAGUGAAAAUGUUGGUUAUCCCACUCCUCUUUCUAUUGGUGGCUGGUGUCUUCUCAGAUAGCAGUUUAGAUCUCACAGAUGCAUCCUUUGAUGGAGAAUUAGAGAAGGUAGAGACAGCACUUGUCAUGUUUUAUGCACCCUGGUGUGGACACUGUAAGAGGUUAAAGCCGGAGUUUGAGAAAUCUGCUGGGGAUCUGAUUAAAAAUGAUCCUCCAGUCACAUUGGCUAAAGUGGAUUGUACAGAGGCUGGUAAGGAAGUCUGUAAUAGGUUUGAGGUUAGAGGUUAUCCCACCCUCAAGAUUUUCAGAAAUGGAGAACUGAGUAGCGACUACAAUGGUCCGCGUGAAGCCGCCGGAAUUACCAAGUUUAUGAAAGCGCAGGUUGGACCUGCCUCCAAAGUGCUCAAGGAUGCCGAGGAUGCAAACAAAAUAUUGAACAAGGACGAAGUGGUCGUCUUCUUCCUAGGAGACGAUUCAUCAGACCUCGGCAAAACCUUUGGCAAGGUAUCAGCCAAGCUGAGAGAAUCCGUUGCGUUUGCCAACUCUGAUGCUAGCGUUGUUGCUGAAACUCUUGGACAACCACUUGGAUCUGUUGUUCUAGUGAGGCCUAAGCACUUGCAGUCAAAACUUGAGCCAAGUCAGGUUGUUUAUUCUGGAUCUGAGACUGAUAAAACUGCUCUAGAGGCUUUCAUCUCCAAGAACUACCAUGGAUUGGUUGGGCACAGAACUGCUGAUAAUGCCAAGGAUUUUACUGGUGCUACCAUUAUUGCCUACUACGGGGUCGAUUACGUUAAGAACGUUAAGGGAACAAACUACUGGAGAAACAGGAUUGCCAAGGUUUGCAAGGAGUUCCCUGAGUUUAGUUGCGCUGUGUCGAAUAAGGACGACUUCCAGCAAGAACUCUCAGAAUUCGGAUACGAUUAUGUCAGUGGAGCUACUCCUGUAAUUGCUGCUAGAAACGCCGCUGGUUUAAAAUUCAAGAUGAAUGAAGAAUUUACCAUUGACUCUUUCUCUUCUUUUCUUACUGAUCUAGAAGCUGGAGAAUUAGAGCCAUACCUCAAAUCUGAACCUCUGCCCGACAACGAGGGUAAAGGAGUAAAGGUUGCUGUUGCCAAGAACUUUGACGAACUGGUGACAAAGAGCACUAAAGACGUUUUAGUUGAAUUCUAUGCCCCCUGGUGCGGACAUUGCAAGAAGCUUACUCCUAUCUAUGAUGAGCUAGGAGAGAAAAUGAUGGAUGAAGAUGUUGAGAUUGUUAAGAUGGAUGCUACAGCUAAUGAUGUUCCUCCACAGUUUAAUGUCCGUGGGUUCCCUACCCUGUACUGGUUGCCCAAGGGAAGCAAGCAACCUAAAUCCUAUGAGGGAGGACGGGAACUUGACGAUUUUGUUAAAUACAUUGCAGAGAACGCAUCAGAUGAGCUUAAAAGCUUUGAUCGAAAGGGAAAAGCAAAGAAGUCCGAGUUAUAAAGUGUGAAAAAAAUAAUCAAUGCCUAAGACUAGAACCACAAACAAGACACGGACAAAAAUGAUUAAUCUGUUACAUCUGGCUUGGUUAGGUUUAAAAAUUCGGGAUGUCUUAAUAGCGUACAUAAACCUUCCCCAAACUCACUUUAAUUGUUUCUGAAUCUCUAGAUUAUUUUGCAAGUCGAAACUUUUUACUUUACUGAGAAAAUAACUUGGAAAAUAUUUCGACGCACACUCUUGAUGAUAAAUUAACUUUUUGUAAUCUAAAGAUUUAGGGUAUAAAAGGAUUUUUGGUGAGUCACCGGCAUAUUUACGAUUAUGACGGGUUAUGGUUCUGCUAAUCAAAAAUUUAUGGAAAGCAUAUUACUGCGUUAUUUAAUCUUUUUCAGUUCUACAGACUAUAAGCUAUGGGUUAUCGGGUUACACAGUGAGAUGUCUGGGGUAUUAUUUAUGUACAUUUGAAAGACUAUUUCAGAAUUUCAGCAUUUAUUUUUUCAUGUUUUCCUUUUGGUCACCUUUUACCCUAAUGCUAGUUCGACCUUAAAGCAACUAUUACUAUCAAUAAUAGGCUAAAGAUUUAUUUUGGUGUUGUUCACAAAUAUAAAACUGAAACUUCUCUCUGGGGUGCAGUGUGACAAGUAUUAUCAAUUUCCGGGGUUCUUAUAUCUUCAAAUCAAUCCUGAAGAACGUUUCUUCUUUCCUGUGAUAUAAUCCUCCCAUACAAUUAUUUGUUUCAGCCGUUACGUAUUUUUAAUAUGGCGGAAAUAUAUUUUUACCCAGAUUGAAACCAUAGUAACAAAUGUAUUGCUUGUGAUUAUGAAUAUCUGUCAACUCGUUUACAGUUUUCCUGUGUGAUAACAAUCUUGUGAAUAUCUGAAUUUUGUUUACUUUGAUCUUUUGAUAAAUUUUCCGAUAGUGGAA